AUGCUGGACUCCAAGGUUGCCGAGGCGACCUUCCAGGCCACGCUGCUCAAUGGGCUGUCUGGCGUGUGUGCGCAGGGCAUCACGGCAUACAGGAACAAGUCGUUCGAUGAUGUCGAGAUAGAGUCCAUCCUGCGGUUCAUCGUCUACUCCAUCCUCGUCACACCACCAAACUACAAGUGGCAAGAAUUCCUAGAACGCAAGUUCCCGUCCCGGACGCCCAUCCACGAACCAUCUCCGACCUCGUCCAAACCGCCGGAAAAGCAAGCCCAACAGGGCGCCCAAGUAGUGCCCGUCAAGGACCGCCUCAACUGGACCAACACGGCAGCCAAGUUCGUGCUAGACCAGCUGUUCGGCGCUCCGCUCAACACGCUGGCCUUUCUCUACCUCAUGGGUGGCAUGACGUUCCAGAGCCAGGCUCAGAUUUGGACCAACAUCCAGCGUGACUUUUGGCCCAUGCUUAUUGCGGGAUAUCGCGUGUGGCCGAUCAUUGGUCUUUUGAACUUGAGUGUUGUGCCUUUUGACUACCGGCAAUUAGUUGGCAGUACGGCUGGGCUUUUCUGGGGGAUAUUCUUGUGUCUGAACGGGAUGACAUAG